AUGGCCGCAGGAUUGAAAACCAUCAUUGCUCUCUCUUUUGUCCUAGCCAUUGGCUUCCUCCUUGUCAUCCUCUCCGCUGCGCUAUUCCACAACUUCCUUACCCUCCUUGUGGUCGCAACCUAUGUCUUAGCACCAGCACCGAACUGGAUAGCAUCCAGAUGCGCAAAUCCCGAUGACUUCAUCGAGAGCAACUCAAGUGCAUGGAUCGAUCUAGGCCGGUUUGUUACCGGAUUUUUGGUUGUUAUGGGCAUUGCUCUGCCCGUACUUCUUGCCCAUACUGGACUCAUUCAAGUCGAAGCCAUGGCUAUGUCUAUCGUCGGAGGCCUGCUGAUAUAUGGUACCAUCAUCAGCUUCAGUCGAUUCUUUAAGGAAGAACAGGACUUUUGA